UGUUUUAAACUUUUUUUGUUUUUCUAGAUGAGUGAUACUGUCAUGACUCAUGAGUUCUUUGACACGAAACUGCGCUUGUUUUGUUUGCAAGACUGUAAAUAUGGAUUAAUCGAAGUGUUUCGUUUUGACCAAUGACUUAUUUUGUUUGACAAUCUGUAAAGAUCUAGCAUUUUACGGUGUUUUUUAUUUAUUUUAGUUUCAUCAUUAAUUAUUAUAUUUUGUUGUUAAAUUUGAUCUAUCAUACGAUAUAAAUUGUUUGAAAUCAGGGUUUGUCUUUAAUUUUUAUUUGGAUUAGUUUUUUCGCUCUAGAUUGAACUAGAUUAGGAAAAAAAAAAUUGUGCACACAAGAUUUUGUCCAAAGUGUAUAAAAGAUCCCCGUUGUAAACAUUGGCUGUAACCAUCUGAACAAUUUGCUGGUUAUUAUUUACAUUCAGUACCGCUAUGGGCAAUAAUGGAGGAAAAAUAGUGGGCGCGGUCAUAUUAGUAGGGUUGAUCACGUAUGGCUGGGCGCAGAAAAUCCCCACUGCUGGCGGAGGCAAAAUCGUAUCUGAUCCUCUGGAAAUUAUCUUUUUUCAGGGGUUCGUUUGGGAGUCAUGGAAGAGUGAUUCAUGGUACAAUGUAUUGAAAGGGGCUGCAAAGGAGAUCGCAGAUGCCGGCAUUACAGAUGUCUGGUUCCCUCCGUCCUGUCAGUCCGCGGCCGAUGGUCCACAAGGUUAUUUACCGGAGAAGCUGUACGACCUGGAAUCCAACUACGGGACUUCGGAGCAGCUGCGACAGACGAUACAGGCGUUCCACCAGAAUGGAGUGCGGUGCGUGUGCGACGCGGUGAUAAAUCACCGGUGGGGCUCCAAGGAGGACGACAAAGGCGACCGUUGUAUAUUCGAGGGAGGAACGGAUGAUGGGCGUCUGGACUGGGGUUCCUGGGCCGUUCCCAUGAAAGACCAGCCCUACUCGUGCGGCUCGGGCAAGGCUGAAGACCCUGAAGCAGACUUUAAGGGCGCCCCCGACAUCGACCACACAAACCCGCGUGUGCAGAGCGAGCUGUCCGAGUGGAUGAAGUGGCUCAUGUCUGACAUUGGCUUCGACGGAUGGAGGUUCGACUUUGCCAAGGGAUACCCUGUGAGUUCGGUGGCUCUGUACGUCCAAAACACCGCCCCUGCUUUCGCUGUGGGUGAGAUUUGGGAGACACUUAAUUUUGGAAACGGAGGAGAGAAUGCUCAUCGACAGAGACUGGUCGAUUGGGUCCAUUCUACCGGCGACCGCUCUGCUGCUUUCGACUUUACUACCAAAGGAAUUCUGCAGGUCGCUGUGCAGAACAACGAGCUCUGGCGUUUAAAGGACUCUGACGGUAAACCCUCUGGUAUGAUCGGCGUCUUGCCUGAAAAGGCCGUUACCUUCGUUGAUAACCACGACACAGGGGCUACGCAGCAGAACAUAUCGGCCUUUCCUCCUGAUAAACUUAUGCAAGGAUACGCCUAUAUUCUCACUCACCCUGGAGUUCCCACCAUUUUUUAUGAGCAUUUCGAAGACACGAAUUUGAAGGACAGCAUAAAGAAGCUGAUUGAAAUACGAAAGAGAAAUAAAAUCAAGGCUAACAGCGCUUGCACCAUCAUAACCGCCGAGGACGACCUGUACAUGGCCAAUAUUGAAGAAAGAGUUGUCAUGAAAAUUGGAGCCAGAUUUGCUGUGGGAAAUCUAGAGCCAUCCAAGGAAUUUUUCCAGCUCGCUAUUAGUGGAAAGGAUUAUGCUGUUUGGGAAAGGAAGCCUUGAAUUGAAAACAUUAGUAAAGAAUGUUCUGAUAAUAAAUGUGUGGUGGUUUUUUAAUCAAAUUUUGGAAUUACAUUUAGUGA